GCCAAGGAUGAAAAGCCGCGCCUGCGGGAUCACUUUCUAGAGAUGCUGAAGCUACGCUUCCGUAUGGAUGGAUGGGAGGACAUCAUGGGGAUCGAAGAGGAGGUGAUCGUGGAAAUGCGCCAGCACUGGCCGUUUCUGGAGGAGGAGUCUGACUUGUUGGACUACCCAUCACCACAGCCGCUGUCCCGCUACGCCCGAGACCACAUUGCGGUGGAGAGGCUUCUUCCCACCAAGUAUGUGGCCUGCAUCCAAGGCAGCGGCUAUGUGAACCACCUCCUGAUCGUCCUGGCGAUCUCGGUGGCCGCGGCGGGGUCGUGGCAGCGGCCCCAGACGAAGAGUUCACCUGUGGGAGGCCUUGCCCCGGGCCAAGGCGGUUGUGUACUAGGCAGGCUGCAGACGCAGGGAGCGGUGCCAGGCAACCGUAGUGUAGCGCUUUGGGAGAAGAGUGGAGCAGGACUUGACUUAGGGCAGGAACAGUGCGAGAGUGUCGCCGCUGUGCAGUUUUGUGGAAGCUUCAAGGGCGGGGCCGACCACCUCGGGGGCGCUGAUGUCGGCGCGGGGGUUCUCCAGGCCUACUGCUUCAAUUUUGGGGGGUGUCACGGCGGCGAGGACUUGGUGGAGCUGGCGCUCUUCCAGGGCGGCCAGUCCGACAUCUCUGCGGAUUACUUGGACAAUGGCAUGCUUGUGGGUCCCGACGGUGGCCUGGCCGAUGCGCUGUGGCUGCUUGAGGGCUCUGACGUGCUUGAGUGCUACGACGGCGAGGUCCUGGUGGAGCUUGAGCUCCUCCAUGGCGGCCUGCCUGACAGCUAUGCGGGCGACUUGGACAUUGACGUGCUUGGGGGUCUCGGCGGCGGCCUGACUGAAGAACAGCAGCUGCUGGCAGACUUUGACAAGAUUGAGGGGCUGGACGGCGACCCACCUGAUCCUGGAGGAGGUGCUUGUGGGCUGCGAUGGCGUGUGUGCCCCCUGGCUGCGUGGAGGCAUGGGCCUCGAGGAAUGGGUUCCGACGACGGCCCGGCCGAGGAGCGGAGGCUGCUUGGGGACUCGGACGCACUUGAGGGCUGCGUGGGCGGGGUCCUGGGACAUGACUUGCUUGAGGACUUCGACGGCGGCCUGACUGAAGGGCAGAAGCUGCUGGAAGACUUUGGCGAGAUUGAGGCAGGACUGCGACAUGGCGGAGGUCCAGGACGACAAGGACGAGCCCGCGGUGGCACCACCGCCGGCCCCGACGGGACAGAGAGGGGCCACCUCGGCUGCCAGAUACAGCAAUGGGCUUUCGACGCCAAGGACGUGACCAAGGAGCUGCGUGCACGGGGCCGCAGGAUAAGGCGGGUGGCGGUCAACACGACCACGCGUGCAAGGCUGGCCGGGCUCCUGAUGAUUUCCAAGUUCCGCUUCCGAAGCCCGUGGACUCGCUUUGCAAGGCCGACGGUGAGGGACUGGACUUCGCAGGUGGAGGCGGCGGUUUGGGGUGGACCUUUGGCAACGGGACGGUCGGCUUACCUCCUUUGGACCUUCGUGCGCGUCGACCUCCACCCAGACUUUGCCAGCAUUGUCACGAUCCUGACCAAGGAGUGGCUCCGACUUGGACGAGGCGGGCGAGGACGUCGCGGACUGCGUGUGGACGAUGCGCUGGCGGCCGUGGGCUGGCGCACUCGUGGCAGCUGGUGGCUCACCCCGCUGGGCGACUUCGUGACCGAGGAGAUGAGUUUGACGGGGUUUCAGGAGCGCUUGCGAGAGGCUUGGAGGCGGGAGCUUUGGAGGCGGGACACCAAGACGGCUGGGGCCCUGGCAGCCACGGCGACUCCACUGCUGAGGCCGCACAGAAAUUUUGCUCGGGAGGGCCGGGUGGCCGCGGCGGCCACUGAUGGCCGGGACCUGGAACGGCUCCACGCACCCAAAGAUUGCCCCUGUGGUGAGCCGGAUGAGGGCUUUGACUUCCCCGCUGGCCAGGACGUUGAGGGCCAGGUUGGCUUGCUUGCGGGCUACCUGGCGGCGGCCGAGGACGAGGUGCUGGUCGCGACUGACGGGGGUGCCUACCUUGCUGGCGAGCACUACAGAUGGAGAGCGGCUUCGUGGGCCGUGGCUGUUGGCGAGCACGUCGUGUCGGGCUUGGUCGAGGGCGAGGAGCGCACGGCUGCGGCUGGCGAAAGGGCAGCCUUUGCCACGCUUUGCAAGGCGGUGCGGUUGACGGGGAGGCGUGUGCGGGUUCUUCUGGACAACUUGGCCAUUGUGCAGGGCGCGCGGCGGAGGUUCACCGCUGACUUCGAAGAGGAGGAGCUGUGGGCUUUCUGGCAGUGCUACAAGCAGGUGCGGGACCUCAUGCAGUUGGCCUGGGUCCCUUCUCACGGCAAGCAGAGCGCUUGGGCUCCUCCAGACGGCUGGCCGGAUGCUGGCGCGUGCCGGGCCCUCAACAACUUGGCGGACGAGGCGGCCACAGCUCAGCUUUCAAAGACGGCGCCGUGGUUCAGGGCCUUGGAGGCGAAGAUUAAGGAGGGCGAGGCCUGGAGCUAUCGGGCGUUAAAUGCCCAGCUGCGCGCCACUGAGUCGUGGCAUGCUGAGCUCAAAAAGAUUGUCUCGGAGAAGCGCACCCUCACCUGGCGGGCAAAAAAGCUGUCGGCGGCUGACGAGCUCUACCUCUUCUUUCUCUUCAUGGCGGCGGGCGGCUACAUCGAGUCAGU